ACGAGCGCGCCCGGAGCGUGGCGGGGAAUCUGGCUGUCUCCAGCGAGCUCCCCUGUGCCUGCGGCGCUGGCAUGGUUCGUCCGCUCAACUGCAUCGUCGCGGUGUCCCAGAACAUGGGCAUCGGCAAGAACGGGGACCUGCCCUGGCCCCCGCUCAGAAAUGAAUUCAAUUAUUUCCGAAGAAUGACCACAACUUCCUCAGUGGAAGGUAAACAGAAUUUGGUGAUUAUGGGUAGGAAGACUUGGUUCUCCAUUCCUGAGAAAAGUCGGCCUUUAAAAGACAGAAUUAAUUUAGUUCUCAGUAGAGAACUCAAGGAACCUCCACUAGGAGCUCAUUAUCUUGCCAAAAGUCUGGAUGAUGCCUUAAAACUUAUCCAGCAACCAGAAUUAACAAACAAAGUAGACAUGGUUUGGAUAGUGGGAGGCAGUUCUGUUUAUAAGGAAGUCAUGAAUAAACCAGGCCAUGUUAGACUGUUUGUGACAAGAAUCAUGCAAGAAUUUGAAAGUGACACAUUUUUUCCAGAAAUUGAUUUGAAGAAAUAUAAACUUCUCCCAGAAUACCCAGGUGUUCUUUCUGAUGUCCAGGAAGAGAAAGGCAUUAAGUACAAAUUUGAAGUUUAUGAAAAGAAUGAUUAAUGUGAAGGCAUCUUCUGAUUUUUUUCAAGCUUCCCCCCUCCAAAAAUUAUGUAUUUUAAUAUUUUUUGAAAAUAUGUUGACUUUAUAUCUGUGUGUAAUUAUUUCCAAGCAUUGUGUGUUUACUCCCCAUUAAUCUUAACAAGACUAUAUCAGAUACCACUUAUGAAACAUUUCUUGCUAUAAGUGUCUAGAUGCCUAUGAAGGGGACAGGACUGGACUGCAUAUCUACCAAGGCAGCCCCAAAUGGGAGAGUCAGUCCACAGAUAACAUGAACUGAAACCAGGGUCCAGAGAGAUAGAAGCUAGAUAGCUGAGAAGUCAGAGAUGGAUUAUAAACAGAAGAGCUAGCACUCAGGUAUUAAAAGAAAAUUAGAUCAAAACAGGGACUCUGAAUUACCCUGUGCCUGUGACACUUCUGAAAAAAAUUAUGCUCAGAAUCACUAAGUUGAGAACUCCAAUAUAUUCAGUAGGGAUAGUAAAGAAGCGUGGUAAAAGUAGACUACGUUUUUGAUGGUUAAAACAGUAGGUGUGAGACCUUUAAAAACUUUCUGAUCUUUAAUGAGAUUCCAUAUGCUACUACAAUGGUAGAAGAAUCAGUUACUCAUUUUAAAAAAAAAGAGUAAUGAUAAGUGUAAUGGCUAAAAUUAAAAAUUCAAAGAAAUAAUGAGAAUAGAUGUUGUUAGAAACCAAAGUGAGAAACUAAAACAUGUUUACCCAUCAUGUUAGCAAAAUUUUAGAUUAUUAGGUACCUAAGCCCUGUAGAUUGGUAUAGUCUAUUGUAAAUGAACAAUAUCAAUUAAAAUUAAAUAUAUUCAAGGACCCAAUCUGCCAUCACCACAAUCUUGAACUUCCCAGGCUGGAGAACUAUGAGAAAUAAGUCUUUGUUGUUAAUGAGCCACCUAGUUUUUGAUGCUGUAUUAUAACAACCCAAGUGGACUAAGAUACCACUAAGUCUGAUAACUAUCUGGGGAUAGUAAGAGGAAAAGCGAGGAUUGUGGUGUAAGACCUAAAUCCUCAUUUAUCAUACCAGGAAAUGACUAGAUAAUGUGUAAAGUAACAAAUGAUGAAAUAACUAUUUGAGGGGGGGAAAAACUGCUCUAAGAGUUCAGUCAUUGCUCUGGAGAACUGGAGAGGAAAGACAGGAGACCGCUAGAAUUUUGUAAGCUUUAAAGGGCUAAAAAAAAUACAUGGCAUAUGCAUUCAUUUGAAAAACUAAAGGAAAAGUUAAUUGAGGUGUGGGUGGGGAAACCAUGCAGAUAACUACCAGAUGGAAAAGCUAAAAGAAUGGAAAACUCUUUUUCUUUCUGGCUUAUUUCGCUGAGCAUGAUCCCUUCCAGCGCCAUCCAUGUUGCUGCAAA